AUGAUGGUAUCAAGCUCCCACGCGUCGAUUUUCUUCUUGCUCUUCUCUUCGGCCUUGUCUUCGGUCUUGUCCUUCACACCAUGUCCACUCCUUGGUCCAGCAUUUCCUCCUUUCACCCUCGAUACAAACGGCAAGACAGUUGGUGGCGCUCUGCAAAACCUCACUAAGGCCUUUGAUACGCUGGUGGCGACAAACACCGGUGCCCAUGGGGACGUGUCGCCAAACACCACCUUCAGCAUCGCCUUGUUCUCGUCUGACCCUGGGAAUGCGGAGGACGAACCCUUCUUCUGGCAAUAUCACCACACUUCCCCUACAUUAAAUCAGUCAUUGGCAGGCUCUCACACCGCGAGCAAGAAAAGCAUUUACCGUGUUGGCGGCUUGACUGAGGUGUUUACAAUCUGGAGCCUUCUCCUUACAGAAGACGGAGACCAUGUCAUGGAUGACCCUGUUACCAAAUACCUGCCAGAACUGGCGCACGAUACAAGAAACCAAGAUGCUAUUGAGCAUGUAGUGUGGGAUGAUAUUACUGUUGGUCAACUCGCUAGUCAUAUGUCUGGGAUUGCAAGGGACUGUGAGCAGAGCAACAAAGUAUCCUUGAUGAUAAAGCUAACUUGUUAUGAAGAUUGCUCGAAGGAUAUUGAUUUGCAGAAUGAGUCUGUCGAAGCCGCCUUGCCUCCACUACAGAAUGUCCAGAAGCCAUGCUGUGGCAACGGCCCCACGUGUGGUAGUAGCGAAUUCCUUCGACGACUGGCCAACGAAGCUCCUGUAGCCCCGGCUGGAGUAACGCCUAGCUACUCUAACAUGGCAUUUCAGCUUCUUGGCUAUAUAAUAGAAAGACGUACAGGCAACCCGUUCAGGAAAGUCCUUCAGGACAGCAUCUUCGACGCCUUGGGCAUGAGCGAAACCUCAAUCUUCGCGCCCGCCAACUCAAGUACUGGAAUUAUCCCCGUGAGCAAGAGAGCCAGUGGUUGGCUAGCACACCAUGAGGCAGAUGAAGCCAAAUCCGUGACGAGCCGCUGGCUCAAACCCGUCUCUCACACCUCCAACCCGGCCAACUCGCUCGGACUUCCCUGGGUAAUAUACAGUGGGGGCUCAUACCCGAACACAUCAAUGGUCGAUGUCUACACUGUUUUGAGCAAUGAAGGCUAUAACGAGAGUCUCUACAGCUCAUAUCUAGGCCUAGUCCCCGACUUUGGCGUCGGUUACGCUAUCCUAUCCGCCGACACCGACUCCCCGGCUGAUCUAAAUGCCCACGUCGAUAUUAUUGGUGAUGUCGUGCUGGAGGCGUUGAUGGUAACUGCUACUGAGCAGGCUGCAAAGAAUUUUGGCGGCGGCUACAAGGCAUCCGCAAUCAAUUCGUCUAUUACAGUCCGAUACGAUACCCUUCCUGGGCUUGAAAUUGAUCAGUUCAUCAGCAACGGUACCGACUUUCGCGAAACACUCGUUGAAUCCCUGGGCAUCACGGAGCCCACGGACCUGAGUAUCCGACUAUAUCCUUCGCAGCUAAUUGAAGAAUAUCCCGGCUCAAACCCUGCCUCUGCCUCCAAACAGGCCUUCCGCGCUGUCUUCCAGGACAAGUCCGAGCUCGCGGAUAAUGACACUCCGACGUGCGUGUCGUGGCUCAACCUCGACAAGCUCCACUAUAGCGGCCAUGCUCUCGAUGAAUUUGUCUUUUCGCUAGAUCAGGAUGGUCGCGCCGUGAGCGUUCAGAUUCCGGCUUUGCGGGUGAGACUUGACAGGGAGUAG